UUUACUUUUUGCUUGCGAAAGCAAGUCGACGGUGGCGCCCCUAGAAAGUGCACGUUGAAGCUACGGUGGCUAAAAGUCGCACCCGUGAGAUGCUUGUCGGCCAUGCUGAGGAACCGCUGCCGGGCCACUUCCUUGCUUACCGCCUUUGUCAGACUCGGCUUGCAUCGUGUUGGUUCGCGACCACUCGCAGCUUCAAUAUGGUUGCAUGCGCAGUCGUUGGCUGCUCCAACCGCAGCGACAGCUGCAGGCGAAAGAAGAAGCCUACUAACAAGAACUUCUUCCGAAUUCCGAAGGUCGUCGUAGACAGCUGUGAGCGCUCUAAGACGCUCAGCACAAAUCGGCGCACGUUGUGGCUGGCUCGCAUUAAUCGAGCCGAUCUGGACCCCGAGAACCCCAAUGUGCGUGUGUGCGGAGCGCACUUCGUGACAGGAAGGCCCUCCUACCUGAUGGAUGAGACCAACGUAGACUGGGCACCAAGCCUCUGUUUGGGGUACAACACGCACCCUGUGGAGGCUCGUUCACAAAAGAGGUUUUCAAAGUUCUUGGAGACCACUGGCCACAGAGCUCGUGGAACACAGCCGUGGAGAAGGAAGGAAAUUUGCAUGAAACAAACACCAGCUACUGAGAAGCAAAAGGCACGAAAGGGACAACAUAAGAAACAGCUGAAGGAAGACUCUGCUGAAGGAAGUGCUAGCAAAGCACACUGUGGCCCAUUCGCCGGUGCCAGCACCAGGCGGGAUGACCAGUUGUUGGCAAUGUUCGCUUUUUACUUGGACCACAACUACAGCUGUCAAGGAGGAGAGUUGCCCCAUUCAUAUUGCGCAGACUUCAAGGCUGCGAGUGUGGAUGUGGAAACGCAAUGCACACUCAAGAAAAAGCACAGAUCUGUGCAAGUGACCAUGGAACCCAGAAGGCGUGCUGCCGGCACGCAAACAUAGGAACGCCGUUCACGCUUCCUCAGGUAUGGAGCCUGCCAUCCUACCACCGUUGCAAGUACUCGUUGCACCAUCCGGGGACGGCGUCCAAGCCUCCUUGGUGGCUCUAGGACAGGGAUGUUCGGAUAUCCGCGUCCACGCCAUCGCCAAGCUGACACAACAGCUCCAUGUUAUGACGACUGCUUUUGUGUCCAUCAGCGGUUGCGUCCUGCCUGGGAACGACGCCGUCCACAUUUCCCUGAAGCCGGCGUUCUUGGAAAUACCAGCGUUCCACGGCUUCCAAGACGACGCCAUCCUUUGGGUGGAAAAUAUCAAUGCCUUGGGUGAUUGUCAUACCUAGCCUGACCACACAAGAUGGCUGAUUGCAGCAAAAUGACUUUGCGGUGCCACCAAGGCAUGGGAAAACUACGAAGGCAUCAAGCAGCGGUCCUGGCCUGAAUGGAGUGCAGCUCUGAUUGCUGCGUUCGGCCAGCUUCCUUAUGCCUGCGGUGAGUCCCACCAGCGAAGUACUUCGCAUGGCACUCCGGAGAGCUACAGCUUCACUGCUGUGGAAGGUGUGCCCUGCAGCAUUCAGAUGGAGAUGUCCGCCACAGACCCCCUGCGAAGCCAGCAGCUGCUGCUACAGGUCUUUAAUAAGUAGUUCUGUGUCGGUCACUGAAAUCACACAUCAGGUCAAGACCACUUGCCAUCCACAGCAGUCGGUGACGCGGCCUCCAAGCUCGUCGUCGGAUGUGCACAUGAAGGCGCCGUCUCACCGGGUGACGCUGCCGGCUCCAUCCGAAUUAGUGGGAAACGCCGAGCACAACAGCGCUUCCGCUACUAUCCCGCUUCUGCUAGAUCCACCUAGUAUCCCGGCCUCAAACUUGGACGCCUCAACUGCACACAACGUGGCAUUGAGCACCGAUGAUGAAGAGCUAACACUUCAGGAUCACACCGAUAUUUCCACGGAUCCUAAGAACGACACACAUCAGGACCAGUCGGACCCACACCUAUGAACUUCACAACAGUCAUUGGCCGAAUGCGGAGACGUUCAUGCCUCGCCUAGUGACGUCUCACUGAAGGGAGCCAGGCAGACCAACGCGGCUGGGGUCACCAUUACUGAAGACCGGAGCAGGUCCGAGGUCGUCAUCAUUAAUGACCUUCCCAUGCGGCCCAGACCUUCCUAUAGUAUGCAUUCCGCAAUGCAGAUCGAGGGCCAGUUAUCUUUUGCAGAUGCCAUGAACACUGACCAGGAAGGCAGGGUAGCACUCGGCGUCCUUACAAGAUCUCCCGGUUCGAGCACCUUGAGGAGCCUUGUUCCGUCAGUGGCAACUCUGAAAAAGCGCAAGUUGCGUCUUAUACGAGCAUGGAUGCUCACCUCCUCAUUGAAGAAGCCGCGUCGUAGACCACACCGAUGCAUUGCAACCGAACGUGAUCAAUGCGACCAUCUGCGUUCAGUGCUACUAACUGGUUUGGCGUCCAGAAUUUCCUGCCGUAUUUUUUCAAGAGCGACAGGCUAAUCGUCUCGGAGACCAGCGACCAGAGCGCAGCACUCAGUGCCGGCCGCCCGAGAAGCUGGUAGCGCAUGUACUGGAUGGCUCAUUGACGACGUUUUCCCACUCUUGUCGACCAUGGUUCUCACCACCUACGCACCCUGACAGCCGCCAGAACCAUCUUCGGCAGCGUGCAAAGUCACAGCGUGGCAAGCCGCAGCGUGGCCGUGUGUAAGGUAUCUCAUGAAGACAAAAAGGCGCUCGGACUGCCUCCAUGUUAAGUGGCGUGUUUGCAAGCCAUGCCGGAAACUUGCAGCAUGGCCAAGUGUAAAGAUGACGAGAUGCACUUGGGCUCGGGGGCUAGGGGCGAACGAGGAGAACACGAGGAGGAAGUAGAUAAUAGAACAGCCGGCCCAGGAACAGGUGCUGUCUCUGUUCCUUUACACUGCCAAUUUGUUUGCAAAGUUGAAAUGCCUUGAGCUUAAAAAGCAACUAAUGUAGGCAAAGGAUGAACAUUUGUCUUCAUUGGAAGACAAAAUGAAAUUAAAUCCAAAACAAGUGUGGCGCUUUAAUAAAAUUAAUAAGAAGGAUUCUAUUCGCAUCCCAAUCAUAUUUAACAACGAUGAGUUUUUAAAAGAUGACUUGCGCAAAGCUGAAUAUUUUAACGCAUAUCUUCAAUCUGUUCUUUUCUGCGCCGAUUAGUGUCUCGGUAGCAUCGGGCAAUGUGGCACUUGCGCAGCUGCCGGAAAUGAAAUUUUUACAACAGCGACAGGUAUCGGGGAAUUUUUUGCACAAUCUGAACCCACAUGGCCCUGAUAGCAUAUCAAUUUACAUUUUGAAACACUGCGUCAAUCAUAUUGCUCCUUUUUUUUUUGGUGGUACUCUGUUGCCUAUUGCCAUUGUGGCAAAAAAAGCUCCCUCGAGAAUGGAAAAUGGUUAAUGUUGUGCCCAUACAUAAAGAAGAAGGUGAUCAAGUAAAGGUAUCGAACUA